GCGCGAGCGGGCGGCGGCGGCGGCCCCGGGAGCCGCGCACGGACCCGCCGGACCGGGGCCGCGCCCUGCGAUGCGGACAAGGGACGCGCUGACAGCCGGCCUGCGCUGCGGGCUCUGCUUCUGCUGCUUCUUCGCCUUUCUGAUUUAAUUUUCUUUUUAUUUUUUUUUUACUUUUUUUUUUUUAAAUACUAUUUUUGGCCGAAGGGAUCCGACGCCUCCGAGCGGCCCCCGGCGCCGGUUCCCCGCCGGGCGGCACCCCCGCGCCGGGCGCGCUUCCCCCGCUCCUCCCCACCUUGUAUGGUGGAGCGGCCGCGGGGCGCAGCCGAGCGCUGCCCCGGGCUCCCCCCGGCCCUCGCCCCCGCCGCUCCCCGCCCGGCCCUGCGUUGGCAGCCGAUGUAGGGCACGGCGCGGCGCGCCCGAGCCCCAGCGCCGCCACGGGAGCGGCCCCCGCGGCGCCGUCUAUGCCCGCGCCGCCCCGCCGCCCCCCCCAUGGUGCGGCCCCGCCGCGGGCCGUCGGAGAUCCGCUGGGCAGCAGCGCCGCGGGGAGUCCGGGCUGCUCCGGGGCUGCGAUGAGAUAGAGCCGGCGGCGGAGCGAGGAGCCCCGCGGAGGAGGGCGGGGGGCGGCGGAGAGCGACGCGACCCCCGGCCGCCCGCGGGUCGUAUGUUCAGGUCCAAACGCUCAGGGCUGGUGCGGCGACUUUGGAGGAGCCGCGUCAUUCCGGACAGGGACGGCGGAGAUGGGAGCGCCAGGAGCGGCCACGACCUCGGAGCCACCGGCAGCUGCAAGAUCGCGGAGAAAAGCCCCUCGGCGGAGCUCCGCGCGGUAGCGCGCAGCCUGCUGCUGCGGGAGGCGGAGGAGCGGCGCGGGGCGGCGGGCGAGGCGGCGCCGCGCGGGGACCCCAUGGCGGAGCGGCGCGGGGCCCGGCUCCGCGGCCCCGGCUCCGCGCCGGAGAGCGACGGCCGGACCGUGACCUGCUGCCUCUUCUCGGAGCGGGAGCCGGGCGGCCCCCAACCUCUCCCCGCCGCCCUCCCCGGCCCCGACGGCGCGGCCGACGGCGGCUCCCCGGAGCGGCGGGGCCGGGAGGCGCGGGCGCGGCUGCUGGUGCUGGAGCAGGAGCUGAAGGCCGUCACCUACUCGCUGCUGAAGCGGCUGAAGGAGCGCUCGCUGGACAGCCUGCUGGAGGCGGUGGAGUCCCGCGGGGGGAUGCCCGGCGGCUGCGUGCUGGUGGCCCGCACCGAGGUGCGCCUGGGGGGCCUGGCGGCGCCCCCGCACCUCCUCCUGGGCAAACUGUUCCGCUGGCCCGACCUGCAGCACCCCGCCGAGCUGAAGCCCCUCUGCGAGUGCCAGAGCUUCGGCGUCGCCGACGGACCCACGGUCUGCUGCAACCCCUACCACUUCAGCCGCCUCUGUGGGCCAGAGUCUCCACCACCUCCCUACUCUCGGCUGUCUCCUAAUGAUGAGCAAAAGCCACUGGAUCUAUCAGAUUCCACGUUGUCUUACACUGAAACAGAGGCUACAAACUCUCCCAACGUCACGCCCGGAGAUUUCUCAGACGCCAGCACGUCGCCCGAUGCCGUGAAGAGGAGCCAUUGGUGCAACGUGGCCUACUGGGAGCACCGGACGCGCGUGGGCCGCCUCUACACAGUGUACGAACAGUCUGUCAGUAUCUUCUACGACCUACCUCAAGGAAACGGCUUCUGCCUCGGACAGCUAAACCUGGACAACAGGAGCGAGACUGUGAGAAGGACUCGAAGUAAAAUCGGCUACGGGAUUUUACUGAGCAAGGAACCGGACGGGGUGUGGGCCUACAACCGCAGCGAGCAUCCCAUCUUCGUCAACUCCCCGACACUGGACAUCCCCAACUGUAGGACUCUGAUCGUGCGCAAGGUGAUGCCGGGCUACUCCAUCAAGGUGUUUGACUACGAGAAGUCCUGCCUGCUGCAGCACACGGCCGAGCUGGAUUAUGCAGACGGGCCCUACGACCCCAACAGCGUCCGCAUCAGCUUCGCCAAGGGCUGGGGGCCGUGUUAUUCCAGACAGUUCAUCACGUCCUGUCCGUGUUGGCUGGAGAUCCUACUCAGCAACAACCGGUAACGGUCAGCCUCCGACGAAACGAAACGGCAACAAAACACACACACAAAAAAAAGAAAAAAAAAAGAAAAAAAAAAAAAAAAAAAAAGACACAGACUAUCCCAAAUAUCAUCUACCUAGAUUUAAUAUAAAGUUUUAUAUAUUAUAUGAAAAUAUAUAUUAUACUUGUAAUUAUGGAGUCAUUUUUACAAUGUAAUUAUUUAUGUAUGGUGCAAUGUGUAUAUGGACAAAAAACAGAAAAUGCACUUUGGCUUAUAUAAUUCUUUCAAUACAGAUUUUUAAAAAAAAAAAAGAAAAAAAAACCAACAAAAAUUAUACAGCAAAAAUAGGAGAAAGCCCUAAUUUUGAUGUAUGGUUUUUUUGAAAUAUUAUUAAUACCCAGACAAAAAGCUAAUACCAGUCACUCAUUGAUAAUAAAGUAUUCGCAUUAUGGGGGGGGAUUUGUCUUUUUUCUUCCCCCCCCCAGCUGAAGCUGGCAGCAGUCAGGGGGGUUCCAGGGGGCAGCUGCUGUCUCCCAGCUCAGCCAGGACCCUGGAAAACCAAAAAACGAGUUGGAAGGCUGCAGCUGGCUCCAAGAGGAGGGUGAGUGAGGCCAGUUGGAGAGCCAGGGAGCACUGGGAGGAGGUGAGAGGAACAUCUGUGGCUCUUCUCACUCAGGGCUGUCUGACCUCUCUGAUAACACAGAACGUGGUGGGAACGUGGUGAGGAUGAGGGUGCACAUCCAUGUUGGUACAGAUUAAUCUUCAUCAGUGCUAAUCAGCAGGUCUUGGAGAAAAGCAGAAUAUUGCAUGGCCACAAAGCUGCCCAGGAGAACCAGUUUGGAUUUUUGGCAUUACCCAGGGUUUGUCUGUGAGCCCUGCAUGUCCCAGACGUGUUUGGUGGUUGAGAAACAAAUGGAGGUUUUGGACAACUCAUGGUUGGGUGGAUCCUCCACUGGAGCAUGGCCUGGAUUUUGGGAACGUCUCCAGUGCCUCGGAGGAGUCAUGAGCAGCUUUGUCCCGUAGAUCUCCCAGUCUGUCAUCCAGGCAAUAAAUGAUCCAGGAGUGUUUGGGAAGAAGAUAUUUACUCUGAGGAGCAGCUGCAGCCAAAAAAAUGUCCUGGUCAGACGUGCCUGUCUCAGCUGAUUUACUCUGCCUGGAAAUCCUGGAUAAAAUCAGCUCCUUUGCUCUGACUUGUGCUGGGCCUGGCAGGGGCAGGUUGGACAAGGGCUUUGCUUGGUCAGGGAAGUUAUUUAUUGCCAGGGAGUAGCUCUGCCAAGUCCUGGAGUUCUGCUACAAUUCCCUCUGCCUCUGAUUCCCAUAAAGUCCCAGCCUCUGGUGACUGGGAAGCUUUUGAGGUUGCAGAGGAUGUUUCUGUCACCUUCACAUUUGCAGAGAAAAAGAUGCAACGAGACCUCCAAGAGUUAAAUAGGGCCUAAAUUUACUACUCAAAAGCCCUCCCUGGUGCAUUUUGGCACCUGGACCUGCCACAGCCACGAGUGAGGAUGGGGAAUCACAGAAUUGUGGGAUCCUGGAAUGGUUUGGGUUGGAGGAGACCUGAAAUCUCACCUUGUUGCACACCUUCCACUGUCCCAGGGUGCUCCAAGCCCUGGACACUUGCAGGGAUGGAAGAAGGUGGGGGCUGCAUCCCCCAGGGAACCACAGGAACCUGGGUGGGUGCUGGGAGGGAUCUGAUCAUUGCGACAUUCCCACAGUCAUUUUUCAAAUUGUAACCAUGUUUGAUGGUUAAUUGGGACCACAUUGGUCGAAUUCCUGCAGCAUCAGUAUUAAUGCUUGACAUCAUUAAUUUUUGUUUGUGUUACAGCCAUUCUUAGGGAACGGUGUCAAAACAAGUCACUCUCAUUUAAAGCAGCUUUCAAGAGCUUUACAGGUUUUUUUUUAUCACUUUGGCUUAGGUUUGGUGGGUCCUGCCAAACCACCCACCUCUCUUGCUGUAUCACUUUCACACAGUCUAUCAAGAGGCCAUUUUUAUGUUUUGGGGGUUUUUAAAAGAGAUUUUUCUCCAUACUGUCCUCAUUUUACCUGGGAAGGACCAGCAAAAAUUGCUUUCCCUGAUUCCUUUUCUUCUUCCCAGCAAUUCCCACCACCACCCCUUUGCUCCCUGUCCUCCUCCUCCUCCUGCAGCAGUGCCACCAUUUUCCACUUUCUACCCACUUCAUCCAUAAUUUUGAACACAGCAGCACCAAGGAUGGAUUUGAGGGUUAACUCUGGGCUUUCCCUUGUGCAAUCCACUGAUGGUGCUUAAUUCUCUUUCUUUUCAUUACUCAUGUGCUUUCCCAGGAAUAAAUCUGGAGUUUUAUUUCAGUUGACAGCAGAGCUUUAAAGGGAAUAAAAAAGGAUUUUAUGGUGAGGCAAUGAAAUAAGACAUCAAGUAUCCUUUUCUGUCUCGUUUUGCCCCUUUAAUGCCUUAUAAUCAUUGAAACUUAGAAUUCUUUAAAGGAGCUUUAGGACUUCAAAGCUACUGAGCUCCACACUGGACCCUCUCAGAGCUCAGCUGGAGCCUUCCCUGUGCAUCCCCUGCUCUGGGCUUGCACCUGGGGCUGGGAAUUGGCACCUGGAGCAGCCCUUGGAGGGCAUUUCCAUGGGGAAAGAGGAGUUAAUUCCCUGCCAGGUUUGCAGGAGCAGCUGGGCACGGUUGGGUUUGAUGGAGGAGCUGAUGGGAUUCUGCUGUGCAGCACCCACAGCUGCUGCUGGUUGCCCCAGCCCCUAUAAAAGCAGGAUGGCCACAGCCCUACCCUUUUCUGAGCAGCCUCCUGAGCUUCUCUGAGUGGGGAUUUUCCUCCUUCCCGCUGGAAUUGUGCUCUCCCAGCACCCAAGGUAAGUGGAAUGUUCUCUGUGGUGUCAGGGGUGUACCCCAGGUCCACUCCAGUGGAAAUCCUGAAUUAAUAAUUCUCACAUUAGACCUGAGUCCUUGCAGACUUUGCUGUGUGGACUGUGUUUAUUUGACAGGAUCCUCUUAAUUUAGGAAUAAUGGGGUUUAAAGCUGUGCACCAGUUGCUGCUGGUGAGUCCCAGAGGCUGCUGCUCCUCCUGUGAGCAGAAAUUCAUCAUCCCAUCCUUGACUUCACUGCUGCUGUGACUGAGAAAUGCUUUUCACCAGCCGGAAUGGAAAAGAAAUGAUUGCUAAAUCCAUCUACUCUCAGCUUUUCUUAAAAAGAGAGGCUGAGAGCCCUUUGUGGCACCGGUUUGGUCACAGUUUAAUGGGGGCUGCCAGUCUUUGGGCCAUAAUCUCCUUCUCAGGGCUUUACCUCCACAGUGGAAGUGGAGGGGCUCCCUCAGUGCAGAAUUCAGAGCUGGAAUUCAAACUCAGGGUUCUCUGUGAGGGCUACCAAGGGAGAAAACAAAAAUCCCUGUUGGUGCAGAAGAAGGAGCUGAGGUUUGGUUUGGGAUGUGAUGGGCUGCCAGUGCUGGAAGGUCUCCAGCUCUUUGGGAUGUGGGGUGAAGCUUUUAGCAGAGCUGUCCCACAGCAGCCUGUGCUUCCCCAAGCCCUGGGUGCUCCAGGCUGGGGCUGAGGUGCAGGAAAAGCUUUGACAGCUGCCCAGGGUGCUGCUGGUGCCUCUCAGGGGUGUGGGGUGAGCCAGAGGGGAGUUGUGGGUUUUUUCCUGACAAACACAAAAUAAUCCAUCCAAAAGCCUUGUGGAGGAGCUGCUAUGGGGGGAUGCUGCUGGUGUGGGGCUUGGGGGGAGGCUGGUGGUGGAUCUGCUGCUCCUGGCUGGUUUAAGCUCAGUUUUGGAGGAAAUGGGAGUUGGGUGCUGGGGAGGAGAGAUCCUGCACACCCCCUCAGAGCAUCCUGUCUGAGCUGUUUGGGAGCAGGAGCUGCCUGGUGGGACAACAGCAUCUCUUGUGAGCGUCCAGCACGGACCAAAGCCUUCCUAGAAAGCAAAAAUAAGGUUUCACCUCCAUUUCCCCUCAGCUGAGGUGGGCUGGGGGUGCUGCAAGGGGGCCAUGGCAUCACUGGCUGCUGGUGAUACCCAGGGCAGCGCCAGCACCCCAAAAACCAUCCAGAAGCCUGGCUGAGUGCAGAGCAUCCCGAGUUAUUUCCUGUGAAUAACUCCUUUUGCUUCCCUCAAAGGUCUUAUUUUCUGUCUGGAGCGUGAUGAAGCAUUACUUGCUGCUUUGUGGAUAAUCCUUCCUAUAUUCCUGAUUUAUGGAUGUGCUGGUGUGAUGCACAAAGUGGCAUCUGUGCUCUGCACACUGUGGGAACAACCAAAAUUGCUCUGAAACUCAACUGGCUUACAAUUAUAUUGGAUUCUAUUAAAUUAAAACACAUAGCACAUAUAUUACACAAUAAACCACAGCUAUUUCAUGGAUCAAAUUAAGUUUUAUUUGGGCAAAUUACAACCUUUCUUACAGUUGGGCCUUUGUGAAACCAUUCCUUUUUAAUAAAAACAGGCAUUUUUGGC